AUUAGCUGACAAAAGUUAUCACCAAUGUGGGGUAUUUUAUUCUAUGGUAAAAUGUCAGCUUAAAAAUCAUCAUCGUUGGAGUGAAAUUUCUCACGAUUAUCAGGUCAGUUUUCCCUUCCAGCAGAAGACAUGUUAUAUAUUACUGAAAUCAUUCAGUAAUACAAUACCUUACUCUUAUGCUUAUGCAAAAGCCGAAAUGGAAUAUUACAAAUCUACAAAAGCAUCAUCUGAAGAGGAGUUGAAAGAUAAAUCUGAUAAGACGGUUAAAACAAUACGGAAACAAUUCUUUAAAUCUAAACCUCCUGAUGUUGAUUACUAUCCGUCAACUUCAUCAUCUUCUUCUAUAAGAUGUGAGGAAAUCUCCACUUCAACCUCACAGUCAGUUGAUCAGCCUUCGUUGGAAAGAUUAGAAAGUACUUCCACGACUUAUGAAGAUCCAUGUGAAGUGCCUUUUCAAUGA